GUCAUGCAAGCCUGAACUUGUGUAGACACGGAAGGUCGCGCGCAUGUGCACUCGCAGCGGGGUCUCUGCAGCGGCUGCUCUUGUGGUGGCACUGCUGCUAGCUGGAGAAGCAGCUGCGCAGGACGUGUUCUCAGAGGAGGCGCUGGCAGCAUGGCUCGGGCCAAGCCAUUUGAUGGUGCACCUGCGCUUCGACCAGGCCACCACAGCCUCGCGCUUGCACGUGUCCUUCCCGCACGCCAUGCAGCACUUGGCCACGGCCCUGCCGCUUCAGAGCGCCGAGCUGCACCUCACAGCCGGCAGAUGGCGCUACGGCGAGUGGGGCUGGCCGCUGGUGCCUGCAAAACCGGUCGGGGCGGUGCUUGACGCAACCUUCUUGACAGGCGCUAACUCCACGGAAGCGGGGUCUAGUAGCGGCGGCGGUGUCGGCGGCAGCGCGGGACUGGAGGCGCACUGGUCGGCGCUGGUGCAUGCGCUGUCGGGGCUGUCGUGCGCCAGCCUAAGCCUGCUCAAGGAGCCGCGCAGUGUGGGAGAGGGCCACACACGCUUGCAGGACCUGGAGGCGGGGCGGACGGCCGCGCCAGGAGGCGGGGUGAGGCGGCUGCGCGCGCUGCUGCCCCACGAGGCGGUUUGCACGGAGAACCUGACGCCCUGGCUGCGGCUGCUGCCGUGUGGCGACCAGGCAGGGCUGGCGUCGCUGCUGCGGCACCGGCCCACCGUGUUCGGAGCGGAAUACGUGUCUCUGGGGCUGCUGCUGGAACGUGGGGCAGUCUCCGGCGACCGCCCCGCAGUCCGCCUGGUGCAAACAGCCACCUUUGUGGUGCGGGCGCCGGCACCGCCCGGUGCCACCGGCGCCAAGCCACAACGCGGCGGCGCGGCGGCAGCGAGGGUCAUGCUGGAACAGGCGCUGCGUGCAGAGGUGGAGCACGCCUGCCCGCCCGCCGUGCGGAGCUUGGUGUACAUUGCUGAGCCCAGAGAGGAGCAGGCGGCGGGGGCCGCGGCGGCUGGCGCCGGCGAGGCCGGCAGCUGUGACGGCUCUGCCGGUCCGGCGGAUGGUGAGGGCAGCGCAGCGGCGGGCACCUGCACGUUGCCUGACGCGGCGCCGGAUGCUGAGGUGGCGGUGGAGCAGGCGGGUAGCGAGGACGAAGGGCAGCCGGCGGCGACGCAGGACGGGCAGCAGCUGGCGCUGUGGACAGUGGCGGCGGGGAGGGUGCAGAACGGGCCGACGGCGUCGCGCUCGCAGGCCGUGCCGCGCCUUCUCAUGUACGACACGUUGGACCUGCUUGACGUCAAGGGCUGGGGCCUUCACCUGCCGCUGCCGCCGCCACCGCAACGCCCGGUGGGCGCCUCCGCUGCCGGCGGCAGCAGCACGCUGGGCCCGGCGCCAGUCACAAUGGAGCGCUUUGUGACGGGCGCGGGCAUGUUGCGGGGGGGCAUAGUGCUGGCGGUGCGCAGAUCGCCGGAGCUGCAGGAGCGGCUACAGGCAGCAGCGGCGGCCGUGGAGGGUGGCUGCGGAGGGGCUGGGGCCAGCAGGGUCGCCGCCGAUGGCGGCGGCGUGUGCCAUCUAGCAGUGGUGUGUGUGUACCAAGUGUUUCCCUGGUACAUACGGCCAUGGCUGCACACGCUGUCGGUGCUGUAUGACGGUCAGCCCGUCUCGCUGCAGCAGCACCUGGUGUCGCGGCACGUGCGGCCGGCCACGGCGCGCGCCUCGCCAGGCGUGCUCGACCUGUGCCUGGUGAUGCCGCCGUCUGUGUCAGAGCUUCGGCUGCGCCUGGAUUUCAGCAAGGCCUUCCUCACCGCCUUUGAAUAUCCACCGGAUGCUCACCGGGGGUUUGACGUGCCGGCAGCGCUUGUCAGCUACCUUGAUCCGCUGGCGCUGCCCACCGCGCAGUGGCGCGAGGGCGGCGGCGGUGAGGGCCAGCCGCUGGUGUCGCCACUGCUGCUGGCGCUGCAGGGCAGUGGCGUGCAGCAGGUCUACACACCCGCGCUGCUGGUGCCACUGGCGGCGCCCGACUUCAGCAUGCCGUACAACGUCAUCUGCCUCUCCUCCACCGUACUGGCGGUGUACUUCGGGGCCACGCUGAACCUGGUGAUGCGGCGGGGCUCCAGCGAUGCGACUGCUCUGGGCGCUUCUGGGGGCACCGAGAUGGAGGGCAAGGAGGCUGCGCGGCGGCGGCGGUUGCGGAAGGCCUUGCAGGCGGUUGUAGUGGUCGUUUCGUUCGGCGCGCUUGCGUUGUACCUUGAUUCGGAACUGCGUGAGCAGGCGGAAGACUGGCUGCGGGGGUUAGGCUUUGAGGUUGGCAGCCCCAAGCCGCUGUUGGGUUGCCAGGCGCAAGGAACGUGCUAAGCAAUUGGGCAGGGGCAAGUCACGCAGGCGUGUGGGUGGCCUGCAAACGGCGGCAUACGGACCGCCGGUCCGCCGCUGUGAGAAGUGGAAGUCGCGUGUGAGCCUGUACCUCGCAUGGGGCAGCAGAUGAAUGAGAUAUUACAAGGAGUUAGAUGGGCCCUAGUCCCCACCAGCGUGUGCCACACGGGUGAAGCACCGAGAGGCGUAGUUCUGCGCGGGUCGUGUUAGUUGGCCCGUUGCUUGUGUCGUACACCUGGAGCUUUAUGUUGCACGCCGCAGACAUACUGACAAGCUAACAAGCCCCAUCUGC